UGGAUCUUUAUCUGCCAUAGGAAACCAUAUCCCUUCGACAUGAUGUCCUUGCCACAGAAACCAUUCUCAAUGUUUCUCCAAGUCCUUUUUUUUCUCCUUCUAAUGUGCAUUCCUUCUUUCUUUGCCUUUCCUCCUAAUUCCUCUGCAACUUCAUUUGGUGCUGCCAAAUAUGUAGCUGCUGAAGGUAAUAAAGAAGCGGAGGCUCUCCUAAAAUGGAAAGCAAGUCUUGAUGAUAACCACAGCCAAUCUGUCCUGUCUUCUUGGGUUGGCAGCAGCCCUUGCAAGUGGCUUGGAAUCACUUGUGACAAUCCUGGAAGUGUCGCGGAUUUCAGCCUUCCAAAUUUUGGUCUGAGAGGUACACUUCAUAGUUUCAACUUCUCAUCCUUCCCCAAUCUUCUCACUCUCAAUCUCUCGAGCAAUUCACUCUAUGGAACUAUUCCAUCCCACAUUAGUAACCUGACCAAAAUCACCAAUUUAGACUUGUGUGGUAAUCAUUUCACAGGAAAUAUUCCACUUGAGAUAGGAUUGUUAACAAGUCUUAACUUUUUGGACCUUAGUAAAAAUAAUCUUACUGGUUUGAUCUCAGCCUCUAUUGGAACUCUAAAACACCUAUCUUUUCUCUAUCUAUGGGAUAACAAACUCUCUGGCUUGAUACCUCCAGAGAUUGCAUCACUUCAGUCUCUCAGUGAGCUUGACUUGUCAAUCAAUGAUUUAACUGGUAGGAUCCCUUCUUUUAUUGGAAAUCUGAGAAACUUAUCCACUCUUGAUCUCUUGGAUAACAAACUCUCUGGUUUCAUUCCUUCUUCUAUUGGGAACAUGACUAAGCUCAUUAACUUGAGGCUUAAUGAAAAUAAUCUCACCGGUUUCAUCCCAUCCUCUAUUGGAACUCUGAAACACCUAUCAAUUCUCUAUCUAUGGGGUAACAAACUCUCUGGCUUGAUACCUCCAGAGAUUGGAUCACUACAGUCUCUCAGUGAGCUUGACUUGUCAAGCAAUGAUUUAACUGGUAGGAUCCCUUCUUCUAUCGGAACUCUGAAACACCUAUCAAUUCUCUAUCUAAGGGGUAACAAACUCUCUGGCUUGAUACCUCCAGAGAUUGGAUCAUUACAGUCUCUCAAUGAGCUUGACUUGUCAAGCAAUGAUUUAACUGGUAGGAUCCCUUCUUCUAUCGGAACUCUGAAACACCUAUCAAUUCUCUAUCUAAAGGGUAACAAACUCUCUGGCUUGAUACCUCCAGAGAUUGGAUCACUACAAUCUCUCAGUGAGCUUGACUUGUCAAGCAAUGAUUUAACUGGUAAGAUCCCUUUUUCUAUUGAAAAUUUGAAAAACUUAUCCAGUCUUUAUCUCAUGGAUAACAAACUCUCUGGUUCCAUUCCUUUUUCUCUUGGGAACAUGACUAAGCUCACUCAACUUUAUCUGAACAUGAAUAAUUUAUCUGGAUUUGUUCCUCGGGAAAUAGGACAACUUGAAUCCCUUGUUGAAUUGAGUUUGCACACUAAUAAUCUCAAUGGUUCUCUACCCCCCGAGAUGAAUAAUCUCACACAUUUGAUGAAUUUUCAAUUGUCUUCAAACAAUUUCACUGGACAUUUACCACGAGACUUGUGCCUUGGUGGGUUGCUUGUAAAUUUUACAGCCGACCACAAUCAUUUUUCUGGUCCAAUCCCUAAAAGCUUUCGAAAUUGUCCUCGUCUAUUUAGAGUUAGGCUUGAAUGGAACCAAUUGACGGGGAAUAUUUCUGAAGAUUUCGGCCUCUACCCAAACUUGAACUAUGUGGACCUAAGUCACAAUGGUUUGUUUGGUGAGCUUACGUGGAAAUGGGGAGGUUUUCACAACUUGGCGAGCCUAAAAUUGUCAAACAAUAAUAUCACCGGCGAGAUACCAUCAGAGCUUGGAAAGGCUACUGGGCUACAAGUCAUUGAUCUCUCGUCAAAUCUCCUAAAGGGAACACUUCCAAAAGAAUUGGGGCAGUUGAAGGCGUUGCACAACCUUUUUCUUCAUAACAACCAUCUUUUUGGUGUCAUUCCCUUUGAACUCCAAAUGCUAUCUAAACUUCGUGCCCUUAAUUUAGCUUCUAAUAAUCUUGGUGGAUCAAUCCCAGAACAAGUGGGAGAGUGCUCAAGUUUAUCACAGUUGAACUUGAGUCAUAAUAAGUUCACAGGGAGCAUCCCAUCUGAGAUAGGCUUCCUGCAUUUUCUUGGAGAUCUAGAUCUCAGUGGGAAUCUUCUGGCAGGAGAGAUACCAUCACAAAUUGGGCAAUUGAAUCAGUUAGAAACGAUGAACCUCUCUCACAACAAACUUUCCGGUUUGAUUCCAACUGCUUUUGUAGAUUUGGUGAGCUUGACAACUGUAGACAUCUCCUACAAUGAACUAGAGGGCCCUAUUCCCAAAAUCAAAGCCUUCAUCGAAGCUCCAUUUGAAGCUUUUAUAAAUAAUAGUGGUCUCUGUGGAAAUGCCAGUGGUCUAAAGCCUUGUACUCUUCUUACAAGCAGGAGAAAGAGCAACAAAAUUGUCAUUUUGAUUCUUUUUCCUCUCCUGGGCAGUCUACUUCUACUACUUAUCAUGGUUGGGUGUUUAUACUUUCACCACCGAACAAGUAGAGAAAGAGUUUCCUGUUUAGGAGAGCGACAAAGUCCACACAAUUUUGUAGUAUGGGGCCAUGAGGAAGAGAUCCUACAUGAAACUAUCAUCCAGGCCACUAAUAAUUUCAACUUCAAUAAUUGCAUUGGGAAAGGGGGAUACGGAAUUGUUUAUCGAGCCAUGUUGCCAACAGGUCAGGUGGUUGCCGUGAAGAAACUUCACCCAUCAAGAGAAGGCGAGCUUAUGAAUUUGAGAACUUUUAGAAAUGAGAUUCGCAUGUUAAUAGAUAUUCGACAUCGGAAUAUUGUGAAGUUAUAUGGAUUUUGUUCAUUAAUAGAGCACUCCUUUUUAGUUUAUGAGUUCAUAGAAAGGGGAAGUUUGAAGAUGAAUUUAUCUAGCGAAGAACAGGCAAUGGACUUGGAUUGGAAUAGAAGGCUUAAUGUUGUUAAAGGAGUGGCCAAUGCAUUAUCCUAUUUGCACCAUGAUUGCUCGCCUCCAAUCAUUCAUCGAGACAUUUCCAGCAGCAAUGUUCUUUUAGAUUUGGAAUACGAGGCUCAUGUUUCGGAUUUUGGGACAGCUCGGCUCUUGAUGCCUGACUCGACCAACUGGACCUCAUUUGCUGGCACCUUCGGAUACAUAGCUCCAGAGCUAGCUUACACAAUGAGAGUGAACGAGAAGGGCGAUGUCUACAGCUUUGGAGUGGUCACAAUGGAAGUAAUAAUGGGAAUGCAUCCGGGUGAUCUCAUCUCAUGUCUUUCUACAUCAGCAUUUUCGUCCUCGUCGUGCUCACAAAUCAACCAGCAUGCAUUGUUGAAGGAUGUGAUAGACCAACGUAUCCCACUUCCUGAAAAUCGAGUUGCAGAAGGUGUGGUCUCCAUUAUCAAAAUAGCAUUUGCAUGCUUGCUUGCCAAUCCCCAAUCUAGGCCAACCAUGCGACAAGUAGCUUCGGAGCUCAUAGCUCGAUGGCCUCCGCUGCCAAAGUCAUUCUCCGCAAUAACAUUGGAAGAUCUGAUGCCUCAAACAACUGUGACAGGCUGAGAAUUUUCCAAAAGAUUUUCUAUAAUUAUAAAGUAUGUGAUUGUUUCUACUUAUGUUACUUUCAAUUUUUGUAGCUUUGUUUGUAAUAAAUUAUUUCUCUGCUUUGUAUUUUGUUUCUUCAACGAUUAUUAUCAAUCAAAGUGAAUAAAGGCUCUCUGCUAUAAUGAGGA